AUGUCUUCCGAAGCAAGCGCCGAAGAUAUGAACCUUGUGGCCGAAUAUCUCGGCGAUCGACGGAUCCAAGACCUAUCCUCAUCUCCAUCGGUGGACUGUAUCGUCAUCUGCGCGUCGGCAAUUCUUUAUCAAGCCGAACAUCUGUUCCAGGUACUCCAAGACCGACCGUCCUUAAGCAAAUGUUUGGUUCUAUGUGGUGGCGUGGGCCACUCCACCCAUUUCAUGUAUGAAGCUGUUGCACAACACCCUCGCUUUUCGCAGAUUGCACAAGACAUCCACGGUUUACCCGAAGCUCGUGUCUUGGAGAGGAUCCUGGAUACAUUCUUUGACCGAUCUGCCAUCACGGAUGGAGGUUGUAUGAUCUUGGUUGAAGAUAAAUCGACCAAUUGUGGCCUAAAUGCCUCGCUGAGUCGGAAGAUACUUGAUGCAGCAGGAUUCCACAACCUCAAGACAUGUAUCAUAAUUCAAGAUCCUACGAUGAUGCUGCGAACAAAAGCCUCAUUCCAGAAGGCGUACGAGGACAGCCUGUCGUCUCCCUCUUUCAUAAGCUGUCCGAUAAUAGUCCCACACAUGCAGAGAACCGAAGGUUCGGGGUUAAAAUAUCAAACUCUACCACUGGGAAACGCAUGGUGGCCACUGGAUCGAUUUUUAGAGUUGAUAGUGGGGGAAGUCCCCAGACUGAGGGAUGAUGAAAAUGGGUAUGGGCCAAGGGGAAAGAGGUUCAUUCCUCAUGUGGAGGUUCCAGAGCAUGUUGAAGAAGCAUGGUCACGACUACGGGUUGUUUCAAACGCCUGUCGGUGA